GCUAACUAGCUUGUGUCUGUGUGCUCAUCAUCUUGGAUCUGGUUCAUUCUUGGCGGCGUCCUGCAGAAAGGGGAAAACGAAAGUGUAGAGUGAGGAAUAUCUGCCACAGGCGGGGUUCAGUUAUCCUUUGUGAGCCGUGGAAGCUACCAGACUGACGGACAGGAACAUUUAGUUGGAGAAACAUUGACCCGGCCUCUCUGUGGAUAUGGCAUUGUGGCUAUCGGUUAUAAUGCUAACGUAGCUAGUUAGCCUAGCAGGCUAGAUAGCUGGGCUAUUAGCUUAACGUCUCAUUGGCUUACACUGGCUACAAAGUAGACUUAUGAGAAUCACCAAACUGCAGCGUCGUUAUUAACGUCGCUAACGAUAAACUCGAGGCGAACAUUUGUUGUGCAGUCAAGAGGAGGCAGCUAGCCAGUGUGGCUAACUAGAGCUAAUUUAAGGCGCUAACAUGCAGCGCUAGUUUAGCAAAGUAGCGCUUCAGUGGUCAGCCGCUGCGGCUCUGCAGCAGCAGACUAGCGGGUCGGCAGGCAGCAGGUACCGGGCAUUGUGCGGUAUGUAGCCACGGCAUGCUAACCAUCCAUCAGGAACCUGGGGACUGGUUAUAACGUUACAGCCAACGUUAGUGCAGACCAGAUCUGACUGACCACACAGCCGUGAUAUGAAUGAUUAUAGAGAUAGCGUUGUUAUGAUGUAUAGCCAACAUUAAGUUGCUUCAAACCGGAGUCACAGACACAGAAAGGCCUUGCAGAUUGCACUGGGUCAACUACAUUUAGUUUGUCAGAUUAAUUGCCUGAUUGAUUAUGAUCCUUGUAUGUAUGUAAAGUUAUCAAAGUUUGUAGUGCAACAAUGUAACACCACUGAGCUGGUUAGCCAUUUUAAGUUGAUGAAUUGGUGGCGGGCAGCGUUAGCUAGUAAGAUGAACAAUCCAGGAGUGUUGCCACAAGAAAAGAUGGAACUGGAUCUGGAAAUCCCAUCUUCCUUAGUUCAGAGCGAUGGACACUUGAGACGAUCCAACAGUGCACCCAUGAUUAAUGGCUUAAGUGAUAACUCCCAAGUGUUCCAGAGAGAGGUCCUGCGCAGCCGGAGAAAUAGCACUACAGUUGUCAACAGGCCCAAUAUGGUGCCCUCAUCACCUAUUCGCGUCCCCAGCACCAGACUUCAUCAGAUAAAACAAGAGGAGGGUGUCGAUGUGAUGAACAGAGAAACUGCUCACGAGCGGGAGGUUCAAGCCGCCAUGCAAAUGAGCCAGUCCUGGGAAGAAAGCCUCAGUCUGAGCGACAAUGAUUUAGAGAAGUCAGCUUCUUCGUCUCCAAAGCGCAUCGACUUUGUGCCUGUGUCGCCUGCACCAUCUCCAACCAGAGGGAUAGGGAAAAAGCAGUGUUUCUCUCCUUCACUACAAAUCCUGGUGAGCAGUAAUGGCCUCACACCCAGCCCAAUCCCCAGCCCAACACGACGCUUCAGCCGACGGAGUCAAAGCCCGAUCAACUGCAUCAGAGCCAGCAUACUUGGGCCAAUGAAACGCAAAGGUGAGAUGGAGACAGAGAGCCAGCCUAAGAGGCUCUUCCAGGGAACCACCACCAUGCUGUCCUCUGAUGUCUCCAACCUGUCAGAGCUCAGCUCCUGUCACUCUCCAGAUUUGCUGGAUGGCAGCCUCAGCAGCGUCGGCUCCUCCACAGACUCACCAGGCAAAAUGGAGGGAGUGUCGCCCUCCUCGUCCAGCAACUCGCCCUUCGCUUCCCUCCAGGAUUUGUCCCCAAAGUGAGCGUGGGAUAGCAAGAGACACUAUAAAGGACUGGCGCCAGAAAGCCUCUCUCCAGGGAACAAGUUUCCUUCUCAGACCCUCCAUCUCACCAUUGGCUAGAUUUAGUGGAAUUUUCCGAGCGGCUGUUUUCAUGGCUCCAAUUCGGAGGGUCUAGAUAUGUUUGAAUGAAGGAAACGAAAGCCAUGAAUGAGUUCAAGUGCAGAAGAAGAGGUAAGCCUAGUGAAACUGGGAAUGACUGAAGACACUGUGAGCACCAGCUGCUAGUAGAGGAUCUUGGAUGGUGCUUGGCUUCAUAGUGACGUCGUGUUCAUCAGAGGCUUUGCUUCUGUCCCACCAGUUCCCCUCGCUGGAGAGAGACAUUGAGCACUGGACAUAAAGAAAUGACUAUUUGGAUGUGUGUAUAUUUUCCCUGUUUUUGUGCUGGAAAACUUCUGUCCACAGGCCUUUUUGUAUGUACACAGUCUGCAGAUGAUUUUGUAAGAAAAUAUUUAACUUAUUUGUUUUCCUGCUUUGUUUGUAAUUAUGUACAUAUUAACCUUGUCAGAUGUCAUACAUAGUUUUAAGUUUGUGGUUGGCUGUGAGACGACUGUGGGCACAGGUCUUCAACAGCGAGAGUAAUGGAACAUGAACUACUUCUGGGGUAGACCUAUGGAGAUUUCCUUACUGUUAUACUGUAAGAGAAGUUAUGUUUUCAGCAGAUUUUCUUCAUAUUUUUAUGAUAUGAGCUCUGAACUGUGGUGUUUUGUUUUUUAUUUCUUUUCUUUUUUUUUCAGCUUUGCUUUUAUACCCACUACCCAGUGACUUGCUGCAACUUUAAUUGCCUUGUUUGAGCAAUUAAUGUACCUGCAGUAAGAUGGUCAUCACUGUUGUGCUCUCAACACUAAACGAUCCUCUGUAUCCUG